GUUCUCGUAGUUUCUCUCUACGCCUUGUCACACACUCUGUCUCUCUCUCUCUCUCACUUCACAGAGCUUCUUAGGAUGGCUGCGUGGACAGGUGCGGCUCGCCAGGCCGCGAAUCUUUCUCGGCUCUACUCCCCAAAAUGGGUUUCAUCUCCUCAGGCUGCUUCCCUCAUUCAGUGGCGGGGUCUCGCCGGAGGCGGCGAUCAUCAUGGACCUCCAAAGGUUAACUUUUGGGAGGACCCAAUGCAUCCUUCUAAAUGGAAAGAAGAACAUUUUGUGAUUGUCUCUUUAACUGGCUGGGGUUUACUCUUUUAUGGAGGUUACAAAUUCUUCACCAAGGGCAAGGACAAGAAGGAAGAGUUUUGAGUGGCCUCGCUUUGUGCUGCAGAAGGUUGGAGAAGCAAAGCAGUAGGUUUAGCUCAGUACCUGAACAUAUUCCCUGAAGUCACAGCUGGACAAGGACCUCUGUUCUACACUGUUAAGACUCCAUUUUGUGCUGUUUAGCUGUACAUGUCUCCAUAACUGUUGGUUCCUAGUUUCCUUCUAUUUUUCAUAGUUGCUGUUGCGACUCUGUUUAUGUAUUUAGUGAACUUUCUUCUUUUGUCUAAUAAAGCAGAUCCUCAAUGGAACAUUUGAAUGCC